AUGUCAUAUAACCUGCUUACACGCUCCGCCUUCCUUAUCGAGGACCCCCUCUAUCAGAUCACGUGUUGUGGAACAAUCACAUCCUGGGAAAUUUCUACAUCCGGGUCAGGGGGUAUCACAUUCCAGGUCUGGAGAAAGCUUUCCUCCGAUGUCUACCAACUUGUGGGACAAAAUGCCUUUACUGCAGGAUCUGGCACAUUUUCUCCGGCAGACAAAAUAAUGGUGCAACAUGGAGAUUACAUUGGAUGGCAGAGUAAUGGUCCUUCAGUGAAAUAUGCAGCGGGUACCGCCAUCUUGAAUAGAGUGGAGGCCGCCAUGUCCACAUUACAAACUGGUUCCCAUCAUGACUGGAGCACUGUAUCACCAGAGGGCGUAUCUAGGAACUACGCCAUUAGGGCAACAGUUUCAGCCAGUUCGACUCCAACGUUUGCUCCUGUACCAAGUUUAGUCACUUUUCCCGAAGAAACACCCCAGGACACAGUUGUUCAGUCCUUAACUGUUACGGAUGCGGAUAGUACUGACGUCAUCACACUUUUCACGCAAUCUGAAACGUCAGGAUAUUUUACAGUGGACACUUCAACAUUUCGUAUCAAGACAGCACAGGACAGGAUUCCCAUGGGGUCAACAUACAAGGUCGGUGUCAAGGCCAUUGACAGUUGUUACGAAGAGGCUACUGCCACGGUGACGUUUUCGGUCACCAAUACGGAUAUAACGAUGUCAUUUUCGCCUACUUCAUCCUCCGUAUUGGAAAAUUCCGUAAGCGAGGAAUGGCUGGCGGACAUCCUGGUGGCGGAUCCAAUGCGUGAUUACUUUUGCUCACUCCAGACCACCAACGUGCCAUUUACUGUCCGACAGAAUAAUACUGGGGUGUUGGGCUAUAGUUUAUACUUGAGGAAAUGGCCUGAGCUGGACGCGGCAGUGACGUCUAGUUACUCUCUGACAGCGCAGUGUACAGACGGCACCAAUACAAAAACAGCGACACACACCGUGACAGUGACACCUAACACCAGACCUGUCAUUUCUAACCUCGGAGGAGGCGUUAGUGUGACGUUAGAUGCGAGGACGGUUUUGAUUGGUCACCUUGUUUACAACGUCACAGCCACAGAUAAUGAAGGGGACCCAAUGACUUACUCUCUUAGCUGCAGUCCUUCUGGAUGUCCGUUUAAAAUUCUUGAUUCCGGCGCCAUAUUGGUGACGUCACGUCUCAUCACACACAGUCGAUCGUCCUACACUAUAACAGUGAGAGUAAGGGAUGCCUAAUAUACACAAACAGCAGACUCAGAUACUCUCAGUGUCACCAUCACAAACAGGAACAGCGAUCCAUCUAUUUCAACCCUAGGACUGACCACGGUGAAUGAAAAUUCCCCCUUGGGACAAUCCGUAUUACAAGUUACUGUCUCAGACGCCGAAUCAAGCUCACUGUCAGUUUAUGGUGUAUUUACUCCAGCCUACGGAAUGAAAUACUUUAAUCUUGACCCAUCAUCCGGGAUCAUAACAACAUCUUCUGUGCAUAACAUAGAUUAUGACAUUUUACCAACAACAGACAUACUUUUAGUCGUAUACAGUACAGACGGCAUAGCUGUCGCCUCUCAGACUGGAACGAUAAGGAUAGCGGACGUCAAUGAAGCCUGUUAUUUCGCGGAAGACUACUACAGAAUUAUUAGAGAAGAAGGCAAUAGCCGAUCAACAUUUCCGCUUCCAAACUACAACAUAAGAGACCCUGACGCCAGCGAAACCUUCACAUUCCAAAAGAUUUGUGACAGUCCUUACGAUAACAAGGUGUCAAUCAACACAAAUACAGGCCAGUUUUCGUUCCUUGGAGAUUACGAUCUGGACAUCCCGGGAACCGUCACAAACUUUAACUGUACUGUUACCGUGCAGGAUUCUGGAGGAAAUUCGGAUACCGCAAUUGUUGGCGUGUUUAUUGAAUACAAAACCGAAUUCUCUCCAGUCUUUUCAGCAGCCUGGGUUUCGUUGACUUUGCAAUCCCAUGAGCUGAUUGGUGCAAUAGUAACAAACUUUACCGCGCAUGACAAUGAUCUCUUUACAAAUCCUCAAGGGCAAUUUUAUUAUGUUUUAGACCAAUCAUCAAACUCGAAGGAGUAUUUUGGGAUUAUGAGUAAUGGUAGUAUUUAUAUUAGGAGGACUUGACUCCCUUGUAUGUAAUAAAAACAUUACUAUUGACUUUAACAGCAAAGGACCAUGGGACACCCAGUCGGCAAAGUUCUGUAUCAAUAACAAUUCAUAUCCCUUUGUCAACAACUACUUCGUAUGCAUCGCCUACAGAAAAAGCAUUGCAGUUUGAAAAUGAUACAAGGAACUCUGGCAUAUUAGCUCUUGGUGGUUUCCUAUUUCUUGGAAUGCUUUGCACGACCGCUUUCAUAAUUUACAAGUAUACAAUAAGAGGAAAACAACUUUG